GUUGAUUAUGCAUGUACACCUGAAGAAGUGCAGCAGCAUUUCCAAUCUUGUGGUACUGUCAACAGGGUUACCAUUCUUACAGAUAAAUUUGGUCAACCCAAGGGCUUCGCUUAUGUGGAGUUCCUUGAAGCCGAGGCUGUUCAGGAGGCCCUCCUUUUAAACGAGUCAGAGUUGCAUGGAAGACAAUUGAAGGUUCAACAAAAGCGGACUAAUAUUCCUGGGAUGAAGCAGUAUUUUCCUCAGCGUUACAAUCCUUACAUGGGUUAUCGAUCCAGGAGGCCUUAUGUACCCCCGUAUUUCUACUCACCAUAUGGAUAUGGGAAGACUCCCCGUUACCGAAGGCCCAUGCGAUACAUGCCAUACUACUAAGGAGGGCUUUGCCCAUAACUAGACUGCCAUAUGAAUCUAUAUUUAUGACUUCACUUCAAGAGCCUAUAGAACUAUGGACUUGAUUAUCUUUAGCCAUUCGAUGUCGAACUAUAUCAAUGAUCUAAUGUAUGAUAUACGGUAAUAUCCAAACUUUUUGUAUGAUGAUUUGGCUAUGAUAUCCAAACUUUUUAGCAACUAA